UCGCCCUGCUAAAAUCUAAAUAUUGAAGCUUUUUGCAACCAAACGCCAAUACCUCUCCUCCUUCUCAGAGUUCCAAUGGCGACGGUGGGUUUCAACCUCGUCGGAGCCUUCAAAGGAUUCUCCUUAGCUUCGAGCUCGUCCUCCUCCUACUUGAAGGGUGACCUUGGCUCGCUUUCGCUCCGCCGCGGGGCCUCCAUCUCGUUCCCCUUGAGGGCUCCGCUAACGAUCGAGUCGGCGCACAAGAAGGGGGCGGGGAGCACCAAGAACGGCCGGGAUUCGAGGGGGAAGAGGCUUGGAGUCAAGAUCUACGGCGAUCAGGUGGCCCAGCCCGGGGCUAUUAUCGUUCGGCAGCGCGGGACGAAGUUCCAUCCUGGAAAAAAUGUCGGACUGGGCAGGGAUCACACCAUUUUCUCUUUGAUAGAUGGGCUGGUCAAGUUUGAGAAGUUUGGGCCGGACAAGAAAAAGAUCAGUGUUUACCCACGAAUUGAACAGCCUGAGAACCCGAAUAGUUACAGAGCAAAGAAAAGGGAAUACUUCCGGCUACAGCGUGAGCGCAAGAAGGCCAAAAAGGAAGGUACUCUUUCUCCGCAAUUGGUACUGGCAUCAGCAGAGGAAGUUUCUGAUGCUGCUCCCAUUUGCUGACAGAUUACCUAUGAAAGAUUGUAUUCAAAAAAACUUCUCUGUCUGGUUUUGCUUUUGCUGUGGUUGAUGUGUAAAUCAACAAAUGCAAUAUGAAUAGGAGAAGGCUCCAAUUUUUCUUUGCUGCC